AUGUUGCGCAAAGUAUCCUUAGUGUUCCUGGUGACCCUGCUCUACGUGCUCGCUGCAGUUGUGUCGAAGCCGGUGCGUGGGCUCUCUCAGAGCAGCACGAUUGCCGAGCUGCUCGCUGCGUCUCCAAGCUCGUACCUGCAGAACGCGCUCACAAGCGGUGCGUUUCUCGUGAAUAACUCAGCCGGAAGUAUUCAGUUGUUUGACGUUACACAGAACUCGUUGUUAACGAGCGUGGGCCUCUCUACCCUGAUAUCCACGUUGAACAAGUGCGGUAUCCAGGAGCUGCACGUGCAGACGGACGCGAUCGAGUACGCGUACGUUGUUGAGGGUGAGGGCACUUUCACGCUGUGGUCGUCUAACGGCUCGGUGGUAUUGUUGAAGGCCCCCUUGAAGCCUGGCGACGUGGCGAUUAUUCCAGCCGGCUGGCCGCACUUUUUCACCGGGUCCGAGACGUCCACGACGCCGCUGGUCUUUGUCUCGACAUUCACCAGCGGAGAGCCACAGGUUUAUUUCCUGGCUGGUGCUGGGAAUCUAUUCGCGAACGUGCCAUCCGAGGUCGGUAGCAGUCUGUUUAAUGUUACCGCGUCGCAGUACGGAUCGUUUUUCAGAGCGGAAUCGACUGUGGGUGUCGUCUUUAAUGAGACCUGUUUGGGGAAUGCCUGA